UAAAAAUCACAAUUUGUUUUAGUUAUAGAUAUGAAAUUUAGAACUCUUUAGUGCCUUAGGUAGUGUUUGGAUGGAUGGACGAGAAAGGAUGAAGAGAAUGGGGUGAGAUCAUUUUAACUUGACUCAUAUUUAGUUUGGAGAUCCAGAGCCAGGGUCAAAGAAUAUUCUUCAAAAAUAAUGACACGUAAGGAAUGCCCUCCAUAAAUAAACCCGUUCACCAUACCGAUCCAUUGGCAGAACGCUCACCCACUAUUCAGUGUCCACCUUCGUCGUCCAUGUCGUCCCAGCAGUGGUGGACGGCUCCCGCCAAAGAGGAGGCGCCACCGCCACCCGAGUUCAUGUGCCCGAUCACGUUAGACCUGAUGCAGGACCCUGUGGCGGCGCCCACUGGCAUCACGUACGAUCGUGCUGCCAUCGAGUCUUGGCUGCUUGCCGGCGGCCAGCGUGCGUGCCCUGUGACACACGGCGAGCUCCGCGCGGGAGACCUCGUCCCCAACCACACCCUCCGCCGCCUCAUCCAGGACUGGUGCGCCACCAGCCGUUGCUGCUGUAGCGUCGAUCGGGUUCGGGUCCCUGCCACGCCCGAGGAGGCCGCCGUUGCCGAGCUCGAGAGCGCCACGCGCGCAGGCGACGCCGAGCGGUGCGCUGCCGCAGCGCGCGGGGUCCGGCGACUCGCCAGGGCGGCCGAGCAGAACCGGCGCCGCCUCGAGUCCGCCGGCGCUGCGCGCGCUCUCUCCAUGGCGUUCACGUCGUUUGCGGACACCGCAGAUGCUGCGGUCGCCAUUGAUGUGCUCGACGCUGUGCUGGCAGCGCUGGUGCUCGUGAUGCCAAUGGACGAAGAGGCCAUCCUGGUCGUGGGCUCGUCGAGCGCGUCCGUAGCGCGGCUGGUCGCCGUCGCCGCGAACGGCGACCUGCACAGGAGGCUGCAAGCCGUGGUGGUAAUCAGAGAGAUCAUCUCGCUUUCAGUUUACAGAGGUACCGCGUGUACGAUCGGUCUGUGCGCCAACACCGAGGCCAUCGCCCGAGUGUUGGUGAAGACGAUCAGAGACGCCAUCUGCCCGCCGGCCACCAGGGCGUGCCUGGUCGCCGCGUACCACCUCGCGCGCAGCGGCGAGAGCGCCGCGACGCGCCUCUCGGUGGCGGGGAUCGUGAUCGUGCUCGUCGAGCUCCUCGUGGACGCUGACAGGAGCACGGCCGAGAAGGCUCUCGCCGCGCUCGAUGCAGCACUGGCGUCUCGCGACGGCAGAGCGCGUGCUCGUGCCGACGCACUCGUCAUGCCCGUGCUGGUCAAGAAAAUGUUCUGCGUGUCCGACGCGGCCACCGCGCUCGUCGUGUCAGCGUUGCUGCGCAUCUGCAAGAAGUGCCCGGAAGACGACGAGGACGGCACUGCGGUGGCAGGGGCAGCUAGACGGCACGCCAUCGUUGAGGCACUGCAGCUGGGCGCCCUCCAGAAGGUGCUGUUGCUUCUGCAGGCGGGAUGUAGAGAGGAAACCAAGGGAAAUGCUACUCAACUGCUGAGACUGAUGGUCAGGUAUCAGGGCUGUGGGGAGUGCGUUGACGCAAUGGAUGUGAGAGGGCUCAAGAGAGACACUGCAAUUUUGACUGGAUAGUUUUCUGUGAAUAUAUAUGCCAAAAGAAAACAGGUUUUAUUUAUAUAUUACUUGCUAGAAAACAGCAUGUCCUACUAUACGUAUAUAUCACAAAGGAAGGAAGUUGUACAUAAAUAUCGUAAUAGCUCUACCAAAUGUUCUUUAACCUAUGAUUGUAGACUAUACUGUGUAUGGUUCUGGUUUUCAAGGAAACGUAUCAUAUAUACACA